AACAUUAUAAGGAGGUUAUGAAGAAGAAUCGGAAGAAGAAGGGUGUUGUGGCUGGCAGUGGAGUGGAGAAAAGUGGGAGUGGGAAUGGGAAUGGGAGUGGAAUGGAGAAAAGUGGGAAUGGAGUUGAGAAAAAUGGGAGUGGAGAUCAAAAUAAUCGAGAUCCUGCACUUUUUGGUCAGCUUGGAGUUGGUGUUCAACCUAAUGGGAAUGUGAACAGUAUAAGUGUGAGUGUGAAUGAAGGAGUAAGGAAUGAAGAAGAUGGGAAACGGAAGAUGAAUGAGAUGGAUGAUGGGGUACUUCAAGAAGUUGAAGAAUUAGAAGAAAGAGAAAGGAAAAAACGAAAGGAAGAAUGAAUGAUGAUUAGGUUCAGGGUUGGUUGUGAUUUUUGAAGGAGGUUUUUGAUCAUUGUUUUUUUUUGGUUUUUCUCUUUGGCCUGUUUCUUUUUUCUUUUGUUGUAGUUUUUUUUUCUGAUUUUAGGGUCUUUGGCUGGGGUUUCAUUUUUUUGUGGAUCUACUUUUUUGGGGUUGGGAUUUGAUUAUGGGCUCUUUUUUGGUUUUUGCAUUUUUUUUUUUGGUUUUUGUUAUAUUUUUAUAUUUCCUUACGGUUUAUAUUUUUUUUAUCUUUAUAUUCUUUAUCUUUAUCUUUAUCUUUAUCUUUAUCUUCAUAUACUUUUAUAUAUUUAUUUUUCGAUUUUCAGAUAUUAAGUUAUUUUUCUUUUGAAUGAAUGAAUGAUUAAAUGAAAGAU